UUUUGAUUGUUCCAAUUUCAUCCCUUGCUUCUAAACACAGACGAUUGUUUUCCCUUUCGCUGUGAAAUAUUUCGCUAAAAGAAAUUUAUUCCUCCCAUAAUUUCAGUAACCGUGAUAAAACAUAAGACGAAUAUCUGUGCAUAAGACUAUUAGGCCAAGUCAAUUCCGUUACGUUGCACACAUAAUAUUUAAAACUGGCGUGAAAUACACAUUUUUUGUUUUGAAUAUAUUAUCACGGGAGCAAUGGCAAUUGAAAUUAAUAAACCGACGUAUCGCAUAGUAAAUUAUGAUGCCGAAGAUGACGAUUUAAAAUCUUUUUCUCAAAUAGAUGAGGCUACAAAAGAAUGGCUUAAGAAUUGUGAACAUAUAUGGAAGUUCUGGAAAAAGUGUGACAGAAUAAAAACAACACUGAUAGAAUAUUUUGAAAGUGCACCUAAUCCGUAUUUAAGUACUUUACGUAUCAUAGUAAACAUCUCAGAUUUUAAACAAAUAAAACCAAAGUCAUCUGUAGCAUUUACAGUUAUUGAGGAAUUUACAAAAUGGUUGGAACCACGAAAAAGUUCAUAUAAAUAUCUUUUAGAUGUAAAUUUAAAAAUAGCUGCAUUUCGGUUAGUUAAUAAACAAAGGAAUAUGGAAUUCAUUCAGUUAGUUGCAGAUACAUAUGAUUUUCUAGAACAUAAAGAAAAAUUCAUUGAUUUAAUUAAGAAUAUGAUUGUAAAAAAGCAAUUCAAAGAAGCAGCACAAUGUGCAACUAUGCUCAAAUUACAAAAACAUUAUCAAGAUAUAGAGGUUUUGUUGUUGCCACUUAUUUUACAAAAUAAGUUGUCAAUUGUCGAACAGUUUAUUGCUGAUGAGCCAGAAAUACAAAAGUCUUUAAUUCAAUACUUGGAUAAUUUAAUUACAUCGGAUAGCAAUAUGAAUAGUCAGCUCAAUAAAAUAAUCGAAGAAUACAAUAUACCAGAUAUAAAGAUAUCAACAACAGAAAUAAAACCAAUGACUAAACUGAUAGUACGUUUUGUCAAAUUAUAUAAUCUUCCAUCGGAAAUUUGUCAGAAUGUAAAUAAAAAACGAAGUACGGGUGCUCUACGCUUUCUCAUAUAUAAACGUUACACGGAUUAUAGUCUAAGCCUUGAAAGUUGGAGAGAAAUGGCACUAGAAACAGUUGGAAAUGACACAAACUUACAACAAGAGCUGAUUAGAAUGCUAAUUAAUGUAAGAGAUGCAAGAGAAGGGCUCUAUUGGACUAAAAUGUUCAAAAUACCUAUACAACAGUGGCCAUCAGAGAUUUUGUAUGAAGCUAAACACAUGAAAUCAGAAGUCAUGAUUGAAGGAGCUUCUACUAGUAAAGGAGAGGCGUACGACUGGGAAGUCACUGAUGAGUCUGCAAAUUAUUAUGAAUUACAUUUACCGAGAGACUCUAUUUGUGUAGUAGAUAAUUCCCAAAAAUUUGAAGAAUUUCUUGAUAACGGGUUGAAAGGUGUUUCUGUCGUCGGUAUUGAUUUAGAAUGGAAACCUACUUUUGGUACAAAACAGACUGAAUUAGCUUUAAUACAAAUAGCUACUCAUAAUAAAGUCUACAUUUUAGAUGUAACUACUAUGGCAAAUGAAUCAAGGGGAUUGUGGGCUGAAUUGGCCUUGAUUUUAUUUGUAGAUACGAAUAUAUUAAAACUUGGAUUUGGAAUUGCCCAAGAUAUGGCAAUGAUACGCGAUAGUCUCCCAGUUUUCUCAAAUAUGAAGACACAUGGACCAGGAUACAUAGACAUAGUACAUUUGUGGCAAAAAUUAGUUGAUGAGUAUAAGUUUGUAUUUCCACAUGAGUACGACACGCCGCUUUUAAAAAAUAAUUUAAGCAAAUUGGUGGAGCUUUGUUUUGGACAAAAACUAAAUAAAUCUAAUCAAUUUUCCAAUUGGGAACAGCGACCCUUAAGAGAGAGCCAAAUCGUAUAUGCCGCACUAGACGCAUAUUGCUUAUUGGAAGUAUACGAAGUCAUGAAAACUCAUUGUACGCGUCUAGACAUACCGUUUACAAAUAUUUGCUUGGAAAUACAGCACAUUCCGCAGAAAACGCCAAAAACAAGUCAAAGUACAAAAAAGAGUACACAUGAACCACGUAUACCUGCAAGUGAGCAUCAGAAUCUACAACAAAAGCAUCAUUCAACAAAACCAGAAUUACAUCUAAUGAAAAUUAAUAAUCCAAAUAACAUACAUCAAGAUUGGUCACAAAUGUGUAAAAAAAGAAUACAAAUCCAUAUGUGGCGAGUCGUCUGUGAUUUACAGUUAAGUGGAUUAGCCAGCAAAUUACGAAUGUGUGGUUGUGAUUGUAUUCGUCUACCGAUUAUUAAAGCCGUAGACGUAUCAAAACAACAAAACAGAGUACUUUUAACUAAUAAGCAUUACCUUAAGUUUUCGCAAUAUUUUAUGCCUGGGCAAUUUUAUUUUGUGCGAAAUGAUUUCCCUAAUAAACAGUUACGACAAGUAUUGAAUCACUUCGGUAUUUCGGUUACGCAAAGGCAUAUUUUUUCACGAUGUAAAGUUUGUAAUUGCAAUGAAUUCGCAAAAGUUCCCAGAUUUGAAAUGGAUCAAAUUAUUGAAAGAUAUUAUAGAGACAAGCCUGGAAGUUAUCAAAUAAAUAAGAAGAAUCAUUUUGGUGCAAGCAAUUUAAAUAAUAAUACUUAUAAUUAUGAACAAAUCGAAGAUCGGCGAUGGAUCUUAAAUCAGAAUUCCAUAAACGUGAAAGAAUUCUCGACCAAAUAUCACGUAGAAAUUAAGAUUGACCAGUUACCCAUAGAAGAUCUCAAAAAUGAGGAAUGGUUGUACAUAUGUGAAAAGUGCGGGAAGGUGUACUGUCUUGGAAGUACUUUCGAAGAUACGCUAAAUCAUUAUCAUGACUUACUCAAAGUCUAGGAAUGCGCAAAUAAAAAAAAAAUUUGUUAUUUUAUGUCAGUGACAACUGUUCCUAUAUUUUAAUGCUAAUAAUAAGCGAAUUAUUAUACUUAUCUUUAAGACCUAUUUCAUUGCUUUAAGAAUUGUUUCAGUAUCUUUGAAAAUUCAGUAUAACUUUAGUCUCAAUACUUUACUGUUAUUGAUAGUAUUUUUCCUGAGGUUCAUAAAAGAUUUCUUUAUUUCUUAUUAAACAAGGCCAAUAUUAUACAAAGAAUUAAAUUGUGUAAUGCACAAAAUUCUCUUGGUAUGUCAUCUGAAAAAUGAUAAAAUACAAACAAACAAGUAUAACAUGUAUACAUACAUUUUUACUUGUUUAUGUAAUAAUACAAUUUAUUUUUCACGCAAUAUAUUCUUCUUGUAUAGUAUGUAUGGUUGAUAUUGUAAUACAAAGAUAUAUUCAACAAUUGUAAGAAUAUAUUAUCGAAUUUUAAAUAAGAAAAAAUACUUUGUUACAUUAAAUGGAAUUAAUUGUUUUCAUAUAUUUGCGUUU